AUGUCUAGAAACGACAAAGAAGAGAAUGGUUCGGAAGAUGAUGAAGAAUACGUACCCUCGGAUCCCGAUGAGGACGUCGAUGAUGAACAGAAUGAAAAUGGUGAAAGCGGUGAUGAUAGAGAUGCGAUGGGCGGCAGUCCGAUGACAACAUUGCAGGAAUCAAAAGAGACGAAUAAAUCAGAGGAAACGGAAGAUGAGAGGCAGCGAAGGUUGAAAUCGUUGUUUGAAGAUUUUAUCGAAGGAAACGAUGCUAAACCAAAAUCGUCAACCAGUCAAGCAUUACGCGCUUCCGUAGAUGAUGGUAAACAAAUAUCGAUGAUUAUGGAUGAAAUUCCGAAAUUAGCAGCAGAAACGGCUAAACAUAUUUUCGACGGCGUAUCGGACGAAGGAGAUGUUUCAUCGAACAACAAACCAGAACCUUGUGAAAGGGAAAAGAAACCAUCUGGACUGGUACAACGCGAAAAGAAAAGGGCCUUGGAUGGAUUAACAAGCGCAAUUAGUGCCUUCUCGAAGAAAUCAAAAAUGAGUGUACUCGAAAAAACAGCACAGGAUUGGGGAGCUUUCAAAACUGAAACAGGAAUUGAGGAAGAAUUAACCAGUCAUAACCGAGGAAAGCAAGGUUAUGUUGAUCGUGUGGAGUUUCUAUCUCGAACAGAUUAUCGACAGUUUGAAAUCGAACGUGAUGCCCGUAAUGCUGCUCGUAAGAAGAAAUAA